GUUGACUCAGAGGCGGGACCACCCAGAAACCAGUUGGGAGGCAGAGCUGCACCAAGUGAGCCAUGCAGAGGAUCUUCUCCUUCAUCCAUCUCUCCCUCUUCUGUGCAGGAGUCAUGCCAGCUGUUGUGUUGGUGCCUGGAAACCAAAAAGUGACUGUGUCUGUUGGGGAGUCUACCACCCUCAGGUGCUCUAUGCAAGGUGGAACAAUCGGUGACUACUACUUAAACUGGUACAGGAAGACCCAGGAUGGCGCACUGACUUUCAUAUACCGAGAAUCCAACACGUAUGGCCCUGGUUUCACAGACGGUUUCACAGGUGCUGUUGAUAAUCAAAACAACCAGGUUGUCCUGAUCAUUUCUAAGGUAUCAGAGAGAGAUGAAGGACUUUACUACUGUGCCUGUGACUACUGGGGUGGUGCUUUGACAGCACAGCUCUUCUUUGGAAACAGCACUCAACUCAUUGUGGAACCAAAGUAUCAGGCUCCUACCAAACCAUCUGUUUUUGUCAUGAAAAAUGGGACAAAUGUCGCUUGCCUGGUGAAGGACUUCUACCCCAAGAAUGUGAAUAUAACUCUCAAAUCAUCCAAGAAGAUAAAAGAAUUUGACCCUGCUAUUGUCAUCUCUCCCAGUAAGAAGUACAGUGCUGUCAAGCUUGGUCAGUAUGAAGAUCCAAAUUCAGUGACAUGUUCAGUUGAGCACAACAGGGAAACUGUGCACUCCACAGACUUUGAAUUGAAGACAAAGUCUUCAGAUAAUCAAAAACCAACAGAACCUGGAAAGACAGAGCCUCCAACGGCAGACCCUCAAAAUGCAGAUCCUCAAAAGACAGAGCAAACUUCGGAGAGCUGCCAUAAACCCAAAGCCACAGUCCGUGCCGAGAAAGUGAACAUGCUGUCCCUCACUGUGCUGGGGCUACGAAUGCUGUUUGCCAAGAGUGUUGCCGUCAAUUUUCUCCUGACUGCUAAGUUAUUUCUCCUUUAAGGCUGAUGGGCACGAGGAGGCUACACUCCCUGAAGGAAAGCAAGAGUUUACAAAGAUGCUUGCACCUGGGCUUCUCACUUCCAGGUGAUCCCAGCUGACCUGCCACAGCCUUGUUUAAAUAGCUGCUAGAAAAACCAGUUUCUCUUUGAAGGCGACAAAUCCAGCUCAUCCUGAAAGUCUGGAGAGUGGGGGCUUAUGGUCCUAAGUGCUUUGUUUGUUGCUUUAUAAAGGAUAGAGGAAAUUAAUGGAUGUAGGACUCAUUUUUUUCUUCUACAACUGAUCACGUUGAAAAUGACAUUUCAUCCCUGUUGACUUUCUUUAUGUUCAGAAGUUGAAAGUGGGAAGCAACAAGUUUCCAGCUUCAACCUUCAUGAAGAAAAAAGGACCCAGGGGAGGAAGAGCAGGUGUCCUUUUACCUAAACUUGGACAUCUCUGUUUAACUUGCCAAGAUUUGCCCCAAAUCAGCAUCUUUCUAAUUCAUCCUCCUCGUGGCUUUUCCCACCCUCUAGAUCUGUGGGUCUCAACCUUCCUAAGGCCGCAGCCCUUUAAUACAGUUCCUGUGGAUCGCGGCCCACAGGUUGAGAACUGCUGCUCUAGAUUCACUUCAGCAGCCACACUAGAAAUUUUGCAUGGUAAGAGAAGGGGAUAAAGUUUCGGCACUUUCUGCAUUUCCUAAUACUUGAUAAACAAUGAACAUUUGACGUUCCUAAUACCCUUUGAGCAGGCAAUGGGGUUUCUAAAGUCUCAUCUCAACACUCUCCAAUCUAUUAGCAAAGAUCAGAAUGAGAUAGGUACUUUUUUCUAUUAAUUAAUUUAAAAUAUAUGAAUUGAUUCCCUGUGGGUCCUGCUUUCAAGCAAGUGUUUUGGAAAAGAGGGAUAGUAAAGACAUCUCUAUCAUUCCUUAUAAAAUAAUCUUUUGACUGUCUGUUGCCUACCAGUCCGUGUAAGGGGAGUUGGAGAUCAGUGGACACUGAUUCUUUUGCCUGGCUUUGUUGUUGAUGGUUUUCUGCCUUUCUUCCCAGCACCCAUCUCUGUUGCACUUAUUAAACUGCA